AUGGCUGCCGACCGCCACCUGCGUUCCCGCCCCGCUCGUAACCGCAAAGUGGCCACGAUCGGGUCCCCCAGGCCGAGCAGAUCCAAGGUACCGAUCCCAAAGGCCGUCAUGGAGAGCAAGGCAUGGAGCGCUUCGCCCCUGCUCAGCCGCUAUGCCACCAAGAACAAUGGCGAGAUCGAUAUCCCCACCCCUCCAAAAGUCCUGGAGGCCAUUCGCAAGACCGUGAUGGAGAUUGAAGAGGAGGGCGAGGGGGCGCCCGUGGUGCCAGCCCUCGCGAGGCGACUGCUGAGAACAGUCCAGACGACGACGUUGGUCGUCAACCGCAAGACCUUUGCCAAGUAUGAGGCUGCCCAGAUCCAAACAGAGGCGAAGGCGAAGCAGGGCCUCGCGAGUGUCAGCGUUUGGAACCACACUACCCAAGGUGGAAUGGACAUCAGCCCAACUGCCAUGCACUCUCGGGAUGCCAGUACUUCACAGGUGUUGGUCGACACCAGCACAGCCAUGGCCAUCGAUGCGGAUCUGGCACCAGCCAGUACCGACGCCGAUGCCGACGCCCCGGCCCAGCGCAAACCUACCCAGAUCACAAUGUGGACCGCUGCCGAGUUUGUCGCCAAGACCGCCGGCACCUCGUUCCAGGAUCCAGCGUGGGCACAGCCUGCGCCGCAUCUGACCACGUCUCAGGCCGGAACGAGGCCCGUCAAGCCAGCAGUCUACCCGCCGACGCCGAACGUGACCCCGCCAAAAGUCGCCAUGCCCGCUUCCGCUUGCCGUCUGCCAGCGCUCAGCGGCACUGCCGGCCCCUUCACCAGUGACAACAGUGCCCCAGAACCCGACCUGCUGGAGGAGCUCAAGCACGUAGUGCUGGCCCUCGAUGAUUCCUACCGCAAAGUACUGAGCAGGGUGCACAGCCUUGACAGGACUGUGCGCACGUUGAAUGCGCGGAUGAUGAUCAGUGAGGCCAGGCAACUGAACGGGUAUCUCGAGAGUCUGGGCCUCGAGCUGCGCUACGUCCCGAACCUGCAGUGGACUCGCGAGGCCGACGCGUAUCCGCCAUUAGCGUCGCGCCAGGCCAUCCGCCGACUGAGCCACAAAAACCUCGCCAGAUGGAUCCAGUUUUACUACCCGGGCGACGUCGAUCUGGUCGAGGCCCCCAUCCCGUCGAUGCAGUACUUGCUCGAGGUGGCUGUUGGUGUCGAGAAGAGUAUGGCACCGCCAUAG